AUGGCAUCCUCACCAGCACAGCAGCAGCCUCUCCCGCCGGUGCGUCGGGUAGUCACGAGCCACAACGCAGAAGGCAAAGCAACGAUCCUCUUCGACAGCGUCGUCAAUGGGAUCCAAGCACCACAUGGCCCAUGGCUGACACCGAUCUGGAACAGCGACGAUGUGCCACCAGACGUGAACGUGACGGUGGACAGAAGUCCCGUCAAGACAGGAAUCGUCAACAGUGGUACUGUGCUGCGCUACGUCGACUUCCCUCCUCGCUCAAAGGGCUCCGUCCACCGAACCAUCAGCUUGGACUACGUCCUGGUCCUCAACGGACAGUGCGUCCUCACGCUCGACGACGGCUCGCGGACGCCGAUGAAACAAGGAGACAUUUGCAUCCAGCAGGCGACGAUGCAUAGCUGGGACAACGAGAGCGACGAGUGGUGCCGCCUCUUGUGCGUCCUCAUUCACUCGAAGCCACCAGUCGUCAACGGCAAAGCUUUGGGGUCCAACACGCACAUGUAA